AAGAGAAGCAGCACAAGAGCAGCACUGCUGUGCCCGGGGGAGUGCAGGCACUUCUGCUGGGGGGGUCUAGGGGGCUGUAUUUUUACGUAGUUUGUAGUGGAGUAUAUAAGGGGGUCUGAGAGCUGCUGGAAGCCCUUAUCGAGUCCUCUACAGUUACAUUGCUCCCCAUACCUCCCCUUACAAGGUAUUUUUGUCUCCACACCGUCUGAUAUUGGGGGGGAAGGGUCUGAUCUGAAAGCCCUGGAUAUUGAUUUUUGGAAAAUAAAAAUAAAAAAAUAUCCAAAAGAGCCACCGUUUGGUCGUGUCCAAGGCCGCUCUGUGGUUACAUUUGAAAUGGCAUCAAACAGCAGCACCCCUUUUCUGGAGAAAGAAUUAAGUCCUGCUUCAGAGGUGGAUCGGUUGUGGUCCUCUCAGGUGUCGGACUCUGAUGGGACCUCUCAAGCAGGAGCUGAAGAUGUAGACAGGGGGCAAGUAAAGGCUGCUCCGGAUCAGGAACAUGAGACAUCACACUCGAGUGGGCAUGGUGCUCGCCAGAGAGGACAGGGGCGCGGUGGUCGUGCUCGCUGGGGUCGCCAGACUGAUUCCAGCCCCGAGGAGGAUGAGGAACACGCUGUUAUGCCACCAAUUGAUGUGGCCCUCCUCAUCCAGUUGGUGGAGGCAAGACCACCACUGUGGGACCAGUCUGAGGGGCACCAUACAGAUCACUUGGCCACCCGUCGUCUGUGGGAGGAGGUUUAUCGUGGCCUUAUGCCCACCUGGGAAACUCUCUCCCGCCGUGCCCAGUCACGGUGUGGACGUGCCAUCAUCAUGCGCUGGAGGUCAAUGAGGGAACGGUUUAUCCGGGACUUCAAUGCACAGAGGUUGACCCCCAGCGGUUCUGGAGCCUCCAGUACUUGCCCACAUCCUCAUGAGCGAGCCCUCCAGUUCCUCCGGUACUCUGAUGAGCUUAGAAGAACACCUUCAAGCACUGAAGAAGAUCAGCAGUGGGAGGCUCCAUCUGAGUCCGAAAUAGAGGAAAUUGCGGGGCCCUCUGUCUCUCAGGAGCCAGCUUGGGACAGUGAGGGUCCCCUACCUGCUCAGUCGCCUCCUACUGAAACAACCAGGGCAUACAUAUUAUCUUCCUUCGCUGGAGUAGGUAGACGCCGAGCAGGUAGGAGACACACAUCGGAGACAGAGGAACAAGCAAGCAUCAUUCGCGAUUGCUUGCUUAGUUUUGAAGAGAAAAUCACUCGGACUAGGGAGGAGCUUCUUGCUCACAUUGGGCGGCUGGAAGGGGCGGUGCAGCCGGAGAACCUUAGUCCGAAUGGUCAGUUUCUCCAAGCUCUGGCUCCGUUGGUGGACCGAGUAAGUCCUGAGCUGGUUCCUGCCUGCAGGGCGGCAAUGAUCCAGACCAUCAGGGAUUUCAUGAGCUGCCCCCCAUCACCCACCUAUCCCCCAACCCACUCCCAUCCUCAUGGGAGGGCCCAGGAUUUAUCUGUACCCCAAACUCCUUCUGCCUUGCUUCCUGCCCCUACUUCCUUUUCUCCUCCUCUUGUUACUCCUGGUCCUGCUGUUUCCUCUUCCCUCGACACCCCCUUUCCUCCCGCAGGAUAUUCCAGAGAUCCGGAUUCAUUAAGUGCCCUACUCCAGCCUGAUGAUCAGGACAGAGGGUCCUGCAAAGUGUGAUAGAAGAUAUUUUUGGUAUGAGAUAUACCUUUUUGACUCUAUUUGUGGGCAAAAUUGCUAUAUUCAGUAAAAUGUAUUUUGCGGACAGCAGAUUGUGCUGUGUAUAAACAUUAUAUGGGCUAAUAACGAGUCUGUAGGGGGACCAACAAGGGCAUUAGCGAUUGGUCCACCCCAUACUGUAGAGAUCACGGCUUGUUAAAUCCACAUACAAGAAAGGAAGAUGGAGACAGCAUGUCCUUUUGUUGAGGUUUAUUCCAGCUGCAAUGUUUCGGCUGCACAGCCUUUGUAAAGCAUGAUUGACAAAGGCUCUUCAGCUUUUAAUUUGCAUCUGGAAUAAACCUCAACAGAAGGAUGUGCUGUCUCCAUCUUCCUUUCUUGUAUGGGGGGGGGGGGGGUAGCGUGCCACUUUCCCAGGAGUUGUGCACCUAUCACCUCCGUUUCGCACCGGGUUGUGGAUCCAUUCGCAAUACUGGCACGGCUGUGUGCCUGAGGCCUUAGACAUUACAGUAAUGAGGUGUAGUUGUGUACCUUAACACACAGUAAAAAUUGAGAAAUGGGGUAUACAACACAUGUAAAUAUAUUUGAUGUGUUUUAAGAAAAAAAACAUUGGCCAAUGUGAAAAUUUAUAUAACAAAUCUGGCCCUGCGGCUCUCAUCCAAAAGAAGUUUACAGCAAUUUACCUUUAAUACAAACAAUAUAAAAUCUGUUGUCUCCUUGCCAGGGUACAGAGCAAGCUGUGGAUGAAAAAUAAUGGGCAAUGGAAUCCUGCAUUUCUUUUAUUGCUGCAGUAGCCUGUGGGCCAGUGGUUUGGUGUGGCUAAGCAGUAGAAAUCUGUAGGUGGAGGUUCUUUGGACAAUAAAAAAAAUGAUGUAACACAA